AUGAAUAUCCAAAAUUUAAAAACAUUAUAUAAAAUUUUCUUUGAAGAAAAAGAAUGUAUAAAGUUUUUAAUUAAUAAAAAAAUUAUUAAAAAACCUGAAAAAUGUCAUUCUUGUAAUAGAGAAAUAUAUCUUUAUCUUAAAGAAAAUGUUUUUAGAUAUAGAAAUUUAGAUUAUUUUAGAAAUCUAGCUAUUAAUUCAUUAAUAUCAGAUGAUGAAAUUGUGGGUGGACCUAGAAUAAUAGUUGAGAUUGAUAAAUCUUUGUUUAAUGAUUUCUGGGUUAUAGGUGGAUUAACAAUAUAUACUGACGGUUGGCAUGGUUAUCAAAAUUUAGAAAGUCUUGGAAUGAAACAUAUACUAACAAAUCAUUCAAGACCAAAUCAACAACAAAGAAUUAGACGUAUUCACACAAAUACAAUUGAAGAAACUUGGAAUUUGCUUAAAAUUUUUAUUCUAAAACCAAAAAGACAAAGAAAUAUUAUUGAACCAUUAUUAAAGGAAUUCAUUUUUAGAGAAAAACAUAAAAACAAUUUAUAG